AUGUCUUCUUACAAGACUUUCAAGGUCAAGCAAUUCCUGGCCAAGAAACAAAAGCAGAAUCGUCCUACUCCCCAGUUGAUUUGGAUGAAAACUGGUAAUAAAAUCAGGUACAACUCCAAGAGGAAGCAUUGGAGAAGAACCAAGCCAGCUCUAUAA